CGAAAUUAUAUUAAUUAUUCACGAGUUAUUAUAUACACAUAUCUUAUCUCUAUCUUUAUAAAGUAGAAAUACUAUUUCCGAUAGACCAUCAAUUUUUUUAGUUUUUUUUUCAUAAUUAAACUUUAUAAAAUAUAUUAAAAUCCACCUUCGAAACCAUGAACAAUGGCGCUAUUCAUUCUGCUCCAUUUACAACACAAUGUGACCUUUCUGUAACCCUUUCUCUCUCUCUCUCUCUCCUCAUUUUCUCUCUCAUCUCUGCUACUUCAUGACCUUCGUGAUUAUUAUUUUUUUACAUUGGGAAAACAAAACUCAACCAAACCCCAUUACAAAAUUAGCAUUUUCUUGAAGAAUCAGCAACAAAUUAGGUGUUAAAUUUAUUCUUCAAGCUAAAACGAACUCUUAACAAACACAAGUCUUUAUCAUUCAUCAAUCCCCUGUUUUUUUUUUCACCAAGAACGAAAACCCCAUUUCAUCUUCUUUAAAGGGGGUUCUUAAAGAUGAUAGAACCCAAAAAACAGAGCAAAAACAGAGGUUUUUAUGUAAGAAUGAAGCUUUUAAACCACAACAAUGGCGGAAAUAGAAACAGAGGAUUGUUUUGUUACAGAUAUUUCAAAUGGGUUCUUUGGUUUUCACUUUCUUUUUAUUUUUUCGCUUCGUUUCUAUUCAAUCAUAAACCUAAUACCAUUUCUAAAACCACCGUUCCUCAAUAUUCUAAAGCUUCUCGUGCUCUUAUUGAAUACCCUGAAACUCAAAACCAUCGAGUUUCAGAUUCGUUGAAUGGAUUGAAGAUUUACGUUUAUGAUUUGCCAAGUAAAUACAAUAGCGAUUGGUUAUCAAACGAAAGAUGUAGUAACCAUUUAUUUGCAUCUGAAGUAGCCAUACAUAAAGCUCUGUUAAACAGCGAUGUUCGAACAUUUGAUCCAUUUGAAGCUGAUUUUUUCUUCGUCCCUGUUUACGUAUCGUGUAAUUUCAGCACUGUUAAUGGAUUCCCUGCUAUUGGACAUGCUCGUUCUUUAAUUUCUUCAGCUAUUAAGCUUAUUUCAUCGGAAUUUACUUUUUGGAAUCGAAGUUCAGGUUCUGACCAUAUCUUCGUUGCUUCUCAUGAUUUUGGGUCUUGUUUUCACACAUUGGAAGAUGUUGCUAUGGCAGAUGGAGUACCGGAGUUUUUGAGAAAAUCGAUUAUAUUACAAACAUUUGGUGUUAAAUACGAUCACCCAUGUCAAAAAGCAGAGCAUAUAGUAAUUCCGCCGUAUAUUUCACCGGAAAGUGUACGGAAAACACUAGCUACGUCGGACGUUAAUGGCCGCCGUGAUAUUUUUGCGUUUUUUAGGGGUAAAAUGGAAGUCCACCCAAAAAAUGUCAGCGGACGUUUUUACAGCAAGAAAGUCCGUACUGUUAUAUUGAAAAAAUAUGGGAAUGAUCGGAGAUUUUACCUAAGACGUCAUCGGUUUAUCGGUUAUCAAUCGGAGAUUUUACGAUCAACGUUUUGUUUAUGUCCAUUAGGAUGGGCUCCGUGGAGUCCAAGAUUAGUUGAAUCAGUUGUUUUAGGCUGCGUGCCGGUGAUCAUCGCCGACGGCAUUGAUCUGCCGUUUUCCUCCGCCGUGCCGUGGUCGGAAAUCUCCGUCACGGUGGCGGAGAAAGACGUCGGAAAACUUGGCACGAUUCUCGAGAACGUGGCAGCAACCAAUCUGAGCACAAUACAACAGAAGUUGUGGGACCCAAGAAUUUCAAGGGCCCUACUUUUUCAUGAUCGGACGGUGGAGGGUGAUGCCACGUGGCAGGUCUUGCAUGCCUUGACGGAAAAAUUGAGUAGGUCCCAUCACAGGUCAAGGGUUUUGAGCGAAUGAGAUCACGACACGUGUUGUGGUUUUGGUUGGAUAGAUUCUUAUGCCAGCUAAGAAAAAAUGUGUAAAUGUGGGAAACAGCUAGACAUUGUAUAUGCGGAUUUCGGAUAAAUUGACUAUUUGAACGUUCACCUUGUUAUCGAGUGUCAAGAAUCGUAAGGAAAGCGGGGGUCUCGGUGUGCUGAGUUGGUGGGACGGCAUGGGUUGGACAGGAGCUUGUUAUUGUUGUACAUGUGAAAAGGGAAUAUUAUUUUAUUAAUUUGGAGAGAAAUAUGAAGAAACAGGAUGCUUAUGCUUUGCUGUACAAUUCCUUUGUUUUCUUCUUUCUACUCAAAAUCAUACAUACUUGAAUUAUCGAA